UCCCGCUCCACACAACAACACAAACGCCAUCUUUAGCGGACAAGCAAAGUACCAGAAGCGGAGUUGCUGCUCAGCGAAACUAGGUCAGACGCCCGGAAACCCCAAAAACACUUGUAAAAAAAAAAAAAAAAAACCUCGCGUUGUGUUCUUCCAGUCGGUGUCAACGAACCUCCCGACCCCACCGUGCUGUCGUAUGGUCCAAUGUGUUUGAUCCGUGGUCCAGCUCGAACCCAGUUUUCUUGUGUCGGUCCCGGUUGACGUGGAGUGAUCGUCUUUUAAUAAAAACAACCGACGGAGGUGAAAUAACAGGAGCGCAGAGCAGAGGAGACACUGAGGAAAUAACACGUCUGGUUACUGAGCCAUGAUUCACCCUGUGCAGGUUUAUCACCGAAGUGUGUCCGAGCGAAGAAUAAAUAACAAAGAAUCAUUUGAUAAGCAAGGAACCCUUUUGUUUGUGGCUAAAGGUCAAGACGCAGACACAACAUGAGAGUGUAGGAUGAAACGAGGUCUCCGAGGGAAUGAGCAGGAGGAUGGAGGUGGCACCAGCGGCGGGAUUCAGAAGACUCUUAAACGGUCUCGCAAGCUGAGGAAGGAGAGAGAUUUGGAGGAGGAGGGAGCCCGCUGGGAGUGUCUGCCGCAGGAGUUGCUGCUCCACAUCUUCCAGUACCUGCCUCUGCUGGAUAGAGCUUACGCCUCUCAGGUGUGUCGGAGAUGGAACCAGGCCUUUCACAUGCCAGAACUGUGGCGGUGCUUUGAGUUUGAGCUGAACCAGCCAGCCAGCUCGUACCUGAAGGCCACACACCCGGACCUCAUCAAGCAGAUAAUCAAAAGGCAUUCCAACCACCUCCAGUAUGUCAGCUUCAAGGUGGACAGCAGCAGAGAGUCUGCGGAAGCGGCGUGCGACAUCCUGUCCCAGCUGGUGAACUGCUCCUUGAAAACUUUGGGGCUCAUCUCCACAGCCAGACCCAGCUUCAUGGAGCUGCCCAAGUCUCACUUCAUCUCGGCGCUGACAGUGGUUUUUGUCAACUCCAAAUCCCUGUCCUCCCUGAAGAUUGAUGACACCCCCGUAGACGAUCCCUCUCUCAAAGUCCUGGUGGCCAAUAACAGUGACACGCUCAAGCUGCUGAAAAUGAGCAGCUGCCCACAUGUUUCACCUGCAGGCAUCCUGUGCGUGGCUGAUCAGUGCCACGGCCUGAGAGAGCUGGCUCUGAACUACCACCUGCUGAGCGACGAGCUCCUCAUCGCGCUCUCCUCCGAGAAGCACGUCCACCUGGAGCACCUGCGCAUCGACGUGGUCAGCGAGAACCCCGGGCAGCAGUUCCACACCAUCAAGAAGAGCAGCUGGGACGCCAUGGUGCGCCACUCCCCGAAGUUCAACCUGGUCAUGUACUUCUUCCUCUACGAGGACGAGUUCGGCCCCUUCUUCCGCGACGAGAUCCCCGUCACGCACCUGUACUUCGGCCGCUCCGUCAGCAAGGACGUGCUGGGCCGCGUCGGGCUCAACUGCCCGCGGCUGGUCGAGCUGGUCGUGUGCGCCAACGGGCUGCGGCCGCUGGACGAGGAGCUGAUCCGCAUCGCCCAGCGCUGCACGCAGCUGUCCGCCAUCGGCCUGGGCGAGUGCGAGGUGUCCUGCAGCGCCUUCGUGGAGUUCGUCAAGAUGUGCGGGGACAGACUGACGCAGCUGUCCAUCAUGGAGGAGGUCCUGGUUCCGGACCAAGGCUACGGGCUGGACGACAUCCACUGGGAGGUGUCGAAGCAUUUGGGUCGCGUCUGGUUCCCGGACAUGAUGCCGACCUGGUAGAGAAAAGGCGGCGUGUGAGUUUGUGUUUUUUUUUUUUUUGUGUUUGUCUCGUGAUCUCUUUGUUCGGACAAAACCCAAUAUUUGUUUUUACUAAUGAUUUCACCGUGAUGGUCCAUGCGUUUAAUUGCUAUAUUUAUAUUUAUAUCUUAUUAGUUUAUCUCGUUUGACCCAGCAGACUUGUUGUAUUUAGCGUUUCUGGAGUAUUUAGGUGUGAUUCUACGGGAGAGUCUGGAAUUCAGGUCUAUAUUUCAGGUACAAGUGUAUGUACCGCGUAUGUGUAUGUUACAUGCAGAUAAAUCAAGUUUCAUUUUGCCUUAUAGUACAAGUGUAAGUACAAUCCUACUAAUGGAAAAAUAAAUACGUUACAGUAACAGGUGUAAUUAAUGGAAUUAACAACAUACACACUAAAUGCACAACGUCUUUGAAGUCCAGCAGCGUCAGGAAAUAGUCUGCGUGUGUGGUAGAGAUGGAUUUAAUCACCAUUAUAAGCUAAAAUGUUUGCUGAUAUUCAGUUAAAAUCUCCAAAAUGUCAAGUGUCGACGAAGGUUUUUACGUUUUAUUUGUUGUUUUUUUUUUUGACUCUUUACAACCGGCAGCAAAACAAAAAAUAAGAAACGUUGUGCAGGAUCUUUGUGAGACUUCUUCUACACAAAUGAACGCAUUGGAAUAAAACGGCUCUAAACCUAAGCUUCAUGAAGGGUAUUCAGCAUUUGUUUAAAAUAAGUUGGCGAUUUGACUCUUUUUUUGGUUUUGUAGUACGAUCGUAUUUUUUUAUUUUUUUUUUUCGUUUUGCGAUGUGUGUUUAUAUUAUUUUAACAUUUUAGUCAGUGGGCUACACAAAAUAACAAACACUUUUAUAUUUAGUUAACGGCAAUGAACUGACAGCUGAGUGUUGACUAAGUGGUUGAUCAUGUGAUCGCGGUCAGGUAACCAUGUGGAUUCUGUUUUAUACACCGAUCAGGCAUAACAUUAUGACCACCUCCCUAAUAUUGUCUCCAAAACAGUUGUGACUCAUCAGAGAAUGGACAUGGACCUUCUGAGGGUGUCCUGAUGUGUCUAAGACUAUAACGUUGUUAGUAUUGGGUCUUUGGGUCCUAUGGGUUGAGGGGAGUGUCAUGGUCUGGUCUGGUCUGGUCUGGUCUAGGUGGGGGGGGUAGAUCCACCCUAAUGCCACGUCUAAAAGUUUCCCAGCAGAACAUUUAAUAUGGUCAAUGUCAUUCACUUCUCCUGUCAGUGGUCAUAAUGUUGUGGCUGAUCGGUGUAUGUUUUUUUGGGGGGGGUUUUUUUGGUCCCUGCGUCAUCUGCUCCCGCCGUUCGUCACUGUCUCACCUCUUAAUGCCUUUUGAAUGUGUCUCUAAAUCACUGCGUCUCAUUCAGGUAGAUAAAUCUGUCUCCUCCUUUGUCCUCGAUUUGAUGAGGACGAGGCUAAAGACAAUUUUCAUCUUUUCUAAGGAUCGCUACACGUGAAGGCGGUGUUCUUAAGUGACUCUGGCAGUGAUGAUUUUAAUCUGUGUAUGACUGAUGUUUUAACAUAUUUUUAUGUGUAAUGUACAAUAGUCCUGUUUUCUGCAUUGUCUUACCCGCGUGGGAGGUAAAAAAAAUCCUAAUAUUGGACAUCAUAUAAUUUAUACGUUUUGAAUGAAUCCUUCUGAUGCACUUUCACUCUAAUGAAGAACCCAAGUUUAGCUUAAGAUGUGCUCCGGUGGCUGCGUUUACAUGGAUAACCCGACUGAAAUCAUACUCAGAUUAGAGACUCCAGUUUGACUCUUUACACGGACGAUAAAUAAAACAAAGGUUAAAGGUGUUGACAAGCCCCAAAACUCUGAAGAAAUUUUCCCCGCCUUAUUAAAUUUAUUUAGCAGAAUAAAAGUGAGGUUGAGACUUGUUUGAUGUUUUACUACCUUAUUACUCACCUGGUGUUUGCCCUAGGUGGGGCAAACUUACAAAGAAAUGAUGGAUGAUGGAUGAACUUCACCUCGAGUGAAACAGUUGGAUCAGUUGCCGACGUGAUUAUAAGCAACUAAUACUUUGAGCCCAUUUCCUUCUGAAUGGGCUUUUCUGACUGUAAAUGUAAAAUAAAGCAAAUAUCAGGAGGGAAAGAUCAGUUUAAGUUUCGUCUGCCGUCAGUCAGCCUGCUUUUUUAAAGAACCAUAAAGGGUGGACUCGUGUAAUUAUCGUCUGUUAACAAAAGAAAAUCCUGCUGGGAAACCAACACUCAACAAACUUGAUCGAGCUAUGCUUGAAAUUCGACUUUUCUGAAAGCGGUCCUUGUCCCAGUUUACGUGUAACGGAUGAAAUCGAAUAACUGACGGGAACGUGUCCUUCCUCCUCCUCCACGCUAGGUGGCGAUAUGUGUCUUUUCAGUGGGUUAAAACAGCCUCAGUUAUAGUCGGAGUAAUGUGUUUAUGUGCAUUUAAGUUGUCCAGUUAAAGUCGGAUUGGAGCAGUAAUUCGUUUUUUUUUUUUUUCACAUGCUUGUAAAUGUAUUGAUUUAUUCACUAUUAUGAUAGUUUUCCUAUGAAAUGCUGGUCAUUAGAAGCAGUAGGAACUUAAUUCAGAUUUAUUUAAGUCAUAUUUACUGAUGCCAUUAAAAGUCUCAGUGAUUAUCUAUCGUCCAGGGAAACUAAAAGUAAUAACUUUUCCUGUUGCGUAUAAGCCCACGUGUGACGCAACAGAUAAAAAAGUGUGACGUGGUCUUGGUGAGGGACUGGUGCAGCCCUGCUUCUGAAUGUUGAUAUAAAUGAAUGUUUGCCUGAAUGUGUAAGCGUGUAAUAAUUUUACGUUUCGAGUGAAACUGUAGCGAAAACGAUGGACGUCUUAAAGGUGGACUGAGUGAGGGUGAAAGGUGACACCUCUGGGCUGUGCAAUGAGACCUGUAUAUUAUUAUUAUUAUUAUUAUUAUGUUCAGUUAAAAUGCUAGAGUUGCUUUACAGUCUUGAUAUAUUUGUGUAUUUUGUUGGCAAAUGUUAAUUGGAAGAAAAACAGGAAAAAACAAACAAACACUUUGUCACAUAAAUAUCCUUCUGCCCUGUAAUAGGGACCAUCUUAAGUUUUCUUUUACUGACGUACAUUACAUUUUACCGUGUGUUUAAAAAAAUGUCACCUGCUGGUUAAUAAUAACUUUGUAUCCAGUUUGUUAAACAUGAUUAUUGUGAUAUCUGAGAAAUAGGGCUGCAGUUUCUUGACAGAGAUGUGCAGUGUGUUGUUUUUUUCUGUGUUGGUCUAGUAAAGCUGCAUUGUACUGACAUGUAUCGGAAGUUAAUCCUUUGUACUUUUCCCAAAGAUAUGUAAUAUUUGAGUGAGAUUCAUAGUCACAUUAAAAAUGCCUGUUUGAAAAAG